UCGUCGUCAUUAUGGUUGGACGACCAACGACGUAGAGUUAUCAUCAUCAUCGUUUUCAUUUCACUUGUAUCACGGACAUUUUUGCAGUGUGUCUGUGUUUUUCCUUGUUUUUCUGUAUUUUUUUUUUUUUUUUUAAACUUGCUUUCGAAUGCAGGCCAGCUGUGUGUGUUUUUAUGUGAAUCAUAUGCGAUAUCAAACUACGGGUGAAUCAUUCAGAGAUCGUCAAAUAUCAUCAUCACCAAAUAUGAUGGCCAUUCGAUGUUAAAAUUUCAAUGUGUUUAUGUGUAUUUUAGUGCCUAAUAAUCCAUCGACAACAUAUUAUUUGAAACUUGAAAAAAAAUUAGCCUUGAUCUCAUCUUUUUUCCAAUUCUGAAAAGGGCAAUUUUGUCUACAGAGAAAAUAUAUAAACUUAUAGAAUCGGUGACUGGUUUUCAUCAUUAUACGAUUUUUUAGGAUCGUUGAUUCACUAACACACCUGAAAAAAUAUAUGGCUGACAGAUGAAUCGAUCAUUAUUACCAACGAAUACGACGACGAUUUUUUCAUCAUCAUUAUUAUUACCUUCGUUGUGACAAAACCUUGUUUCUUGGAAAAUCUUCGUGUCACUUGUACAAUUCAUAAAUAAAGAAGAAAAAAUUGUCUAAUCAUCCUAUAGUUAGGAUCGAUCCACAAUUAUCAAUUCUUACUCAUCACAAAUGAUUAUAGAUAUCUAACUAAAUUACAGCAUUUCUCUUUAUGAGAACGUGUAAAAUUCAUUGAAAAUUGUUUCAGAACCAACAACCCAUUUACAAGUCAACCAGUAAUGGUACUACAACAAACGGCUUCAACUACGGCGCUUCCUAGCAGUGGCCAUCCUCAUCAUCAUCAUCCUUUGGUAAGACAUCAUCAUCAUCUUCAUCCACAUCAUCAUAAUCAUCAUCUAAAUCAUCACCACUCCCAAUAUGUACAACAGCCACAGCAUUCAUUAUUGAAUAGUCCACAACCACAACAGCAAUCAUCACACCCACAUCAUCAUCAUCAUCAUCAACGACAUCAAUCCUCAACUAAUGGUGUAGCUGCUGGUACCAUGUCCACUCUCGGUAUCCGUUGUGAUUCAGUUGGGCCAUCAUCAACACAGCCACCACCCGCACAUUUAUCCACAUAUCCGGCUCAUCAUCAUCCGGGGCAUGUACAUCGCCACAAUACCACUAUUGGAUCUGUUGAUUGUUCUGGAUUGGCAAUCUGUGUUCCUUUAUUACAUGAUGGUUCCAAUGCUGGUACUACCGCCCCUUCUGGUAUUGUUUCACCACCAUCGCCAACAUCGAUUGCUCAUCAACAACAUUCACGUACAUUUGCUGCAACAACUUCGUCAGCUGAUCUGUCAUCAUCCAUUUCUAAUUCCGAUCCUAAUGAAAGACCAUCACAAUUAGCCAAUGCUUAUCUAACAGCAGCAGCUGUUGCCGCCGCUCAAUUUGAUUCCUCAUCCGUAUUUACGAAUACUGAAAAUGGUGAUGGUAGUAGCCAAAGUCAUCACCCGAUUCGUUCAUCCGGGCACCAUUAUCGAAGACAUCACAACAAUCAUCAUCAUCCUCAUACAACACAUCAUCAAUCCAAUGGAUCAACGAGAUCAUCUCAAAUAUCGUCAUUAACAAGUCCACAGCAACAACCAUCAGUUACAACGUCAGCGAUGAAUGUCGUCGAAGAUGUUGAUCAAACACAACAGCCGAACAUUGGAACGAAUAAUGGUCAUCAUCAUUUUCAUCGAACCAGACAUUAUCGUAUUAAUCCAUGUGAUGCUCCAGAGGUUGAUAUUCUUUCUCGAAAGAGUGAAAGUCCUUCAAGAAAACGUCGACGUACGGAUUUUCCCGGGACAUCAAUUGCCUUAAAUCAUUUUCGCAAUUUAGUCGUCGAAUCUUCGUCACCGCCACUGCCUUCUCAAGAUUCUUUAGCUGAAGAGAAUAAUGUUUCAGCUAACAGUGGUAGUGAUGGUACAGGUCGAUUAGGAUCAUGGGUUGCAUUGGUUUCGCCACCACCACCACCCCCUCCUCCUCCUCAUGCGAGUAGUCAAAACACAGAUCAGACGCCAAUAGUAGCUGUUGAUUCGAAUAGAGAAUUUGUCCAAGACGGACGAUCUCCAAAUAACGAUAAUUAUAAUCAUCAUUACAAUACCGUCCUUCAACAAACAUUAGAGGCAGCAGCAGCCGAAGCAUCGUCAAUGGAUGAUCUCAUUGAAACGAAUGAACCUCUUGCCGUUUUUUCUGACCACACUGAACUCGAUGUAUCACAAAAUCAUACCUCAUCAUUUUCCUCAUCAGCAUCAUCAUCGUCAUCAUGGAAUCGACGUACUGUGAUCACCUCAACAUCAUCUCAGGAAGAUGAAAACGUAGCAACUAACGCAAAUUCUGGCCAUGAAUCCAUUAUAAAUACACAGUUAUCGCCUUCAAUUCAAUCAGCCAAUCAUGAUAAUAAUAAUAAUUUUCUUAACGGGCAACAGCAAUUAACCAUUUCUACAUUGAUGAACGAUCCAAAUAAUGAUGGGAAUGGCCAAGAUCCUAAUGACAAUGGUGAUGAUGAUGAUGAACGAAAUGGUGACGAAGGUGACGAUGAAGAGGAUGUCAUCAAAUACCGUGCACGUUCAAACCACGCACAAACAUCAACUGAUUUGGAUAAUGAAGAAGCGCGUGAAGAAAAUGGCAGUACAUUGUCUGAUGCACAAUCAUUGGAUUCAACAGCUGCCACAAUCGACUCUACCUCAGAAGCAUCUAUGGCCCUGUAUUCAUCUUCUGCAUCUUCGAUUCAAUCAAUGGAUGUUGCCCAAUCAGUGCCACGAUCAUCAUCAUCACCUCAAUCUUCAUCCAGCAGUAGCAGUAAUGGAAGUAUACCAGCAGCGAUUAAUGAAUCGGCUUUAUUCAUAAAUUCGCAUUUUCAUAAUUCUAAUCGAGAUUCAGCAACAGCAUUAUCUGUAGAGCGUGAUCGGUCCACAUUAUCUUCCAGUCCUCGAAGUAAUAAUUCCAUUAGCAAUGCUAUUCUACCUUCUAUGUUUCAGCAAAGUAAUGGAUCCUCAUAUUCUUCUAAUCAUUCACCACCGGUGGCAUCUACUAAUCUUAAUGCGAAUGAUACUGUUGAAAGAUCUCAACAAACAGAUCAUCAUUACCAUCAACAACAUCAUCAGGUAGAACGGCAAUCAAUUAAUAGAACAAAUCAAGAACCGAAUGUUAACAAUAUGACUGCCAACACUACGAGUGCAUCUACUGCACAUAUACAUUCCUGGAUGUCCUUAUUUCCAGCGUUUGAAUAAUCUUCGAACGUUACCCAACUUGAAUCGGUACAAUAAUGAUAGUAAUACUCAACACUCGGCAACAAAUUAUCAAAAUUUACAUGGUCAAAUGCAAUUGCCAUC